GCCCUGUAUUUGAUAACAUUUGCAAACGUACUUUGCAAGCUAGAGGUUCUAAGAACAUCCCAUCACAAGCAAUUCCAAUUUUUCUAAAAACAAAAUGAACAAAUACUUCGUGUGCUUCGCUCUCUUCUUGGCCGUCGUCUGCUGUUUGUCCGCCAUUGAGGCCGCACCAGCUCCUGAACAGCUGCUCGAUUGGAAAACCGCUAUUGAGAAGAUCAUUUCUGCUUAUGAGAGACGUUAUCCCGGUCCAUCAAAACGCUAUCCAAUUGAGGUCGCUCGUGUGGUCGAUCCCAAUCACCUCUAUCUUCCUUAGUUAAUACCGUCAUCUCUAGUUAAUGUGUGUUCGAUUUUUAAGGCUUACUGUACCUAAAUAAUGUUAAAACAAAACUGAUUAAAAUAUAUA